AUGGAUUCAAUGCUUGCGGCUUUCGAGUCUUCUGAUGAAGAAGAAAACGUUGGCCCCGAAACUUCAGCAAAGACAUCGAAACCGAAAAAUGGUGGUCUUCGUAUGGUGCCCCUCGAUUUCACUUCCCAAGAGCCGGAGGAAGACUUGUCAACUCCGGUCAAGAGUUUUGACAGCGAUUCGGAGAACGACGACGAUGAAAUGAUUGAAAGGAAACCCCUAUCCGCUGCCGGGCUAGGCGUCAAGAAGCUAUUGAGGAAAGAAGAAGAUAAACGAAGAGACAAGGAUUCGGGCCAAUCUAUCCACCAACUUGCCCAGAAGCUCGCGCCGGCCAAGGAAACAGCCAAACUUGGUCUACCGUCUGCUCCAACUGCGAUAAGGGCUAAAGCGGUGGCUUAUGAUGCUUUCUUCAAGUUCAAUAUCAGGACCCCGAAAAUCGCUUCGGAUAUCUUUGAUUCGCUGUGCGAGGGUAUGAAGAAGAUCCGCCUUAGCACGCUGACGAAGUCCAAUGUUCCAACUGAUAUGGAUGGAUUCAUUACCAUGGGUGUGCUCAUCGAGCGGAGCGAUGUCAGGAAAAGCGCCAACGGCAAUCAAUUCAUGAUCUGGAAGCUUCACGAUCUCCUGGAUUGCCAAAAGGAUCCUGUGAAAGUGCUGCUUUUUGGCGAGGCUUUCAAGACCCAUCAUAAGCAUAUGACCGGAAAUGUCGUAUGUUUGGUCAAUCCACAAGUCGCCGAACAAAAUGAGAAAGAAAAGCUCCUCGUAUUCAAAGCCGUGCGCCCAGCGCAAAUCGUAGAGAUUGGAUGGAGUGCAGACUUGGGCAAAUGCCGAGGCGUGAAAGCCGACGGAGGGACUUGCCAGAAUUUCGUGAACAUCUCGGCUUCUGAGUAUUGUGUCUAUCACGUAAUGUCACAGGCCAAGAAACUGUCCGCUAACCGUGGUACUUUCAAUGCGUUGUCCAGCUCACAGCCAGUCCAAAGAAAACCAUCCACGCCGGGCGCUGGAAUGUUUUCACAACCUGGCCUCGGUUUUCGCGGCCAUGCCUUUGCCCCACCGCGUCAAUCUCCUUCUCAGCUCCAUUCCCAGCCCUCAAGGCCUUUCUCGAGGGUUGAAGAAAAGAAAAAUUUAAUGAACAUCGUCUCCGCCAGGUCGCAACUCCUUGGUGCUAAAAAUUUGAUGAUGGCACGCCAGGCCAGAGACCCGAAAUUCCCCGGCUCUGCGGCAAGCUCCCCAACGGUGGUUGGCUCAAUCACCGAAUUUUUGAAGCAACGCGCGGCUGAAAUAUUGCGCCUAAACGGCAAUGUUGGCCCCAGGAAAAGAGCAGCAGGCGACUCCCCUUCGACAAGCGCCAAGCGAGCUCAUCACGAGGAUGAAGCGACUUCUCCGGGACCGAGCUCGGCAGCGAUAGACGCGCUUAUGAAUCGAAAGAGCAAAUUUGCGGGUGCUGCCGAUAAGGCCGAAUCGGAAGCCAUUGAUCGGUACAUGACUACGAUGGAGGCGCGUGAGAAAGUCGAAACGUUCGUCACCACCACAAUGUCUGUCAAAGAAGUGGCCGUCGUUUCUUGUAAAAUUUGUCACUACACGGCCCAAUCACAGAGUGAAUUGUGUAAAGGCUCUGGCCAUGAGGUGCAGAGACAUAAAGCUGAGAAGAGGUUUUUCAAAUGUAAGGAAUGCAAGCAGAGAACCGUCGCUUUCGGAAUGUUGCCCACCGGUGAUUGCGCGCGUUGCGGUGCGACGAACUGGGAACGCGUGGCGAUGCGCGACGAGCGGAAGACGGCGCUGGAUCGCGAAAAGCUGCUGCUGCGCGGCGAAGAGCGCAAAUAUGUCAACAUC